CGGAGGCAUUCCUCUGGGCAUGGCCCGCUUCUUCUUCGUCUGCGGCGUGCUUCUCUCCGUCUUCAUGUGAGCUCCACUGAUCUGCUUCAUCUGCCUGUAGAAACCACCUAAAGCAGGAGGAUCAAUGAAGAGUCGGUGAUGGUUCAUAUCAGCCGUUUUAGAACCGUACGCACCGGACUAUUCACGAGAACCUUCUUACCUUUCUUACUACACCGCGUGUCCCACACCAUGAUGUUCCCGUCCCUGCCGCCGGUGCAGAACACCGCUGAGGGGGAGAAAUUAAGAAAAAAGGGUCUCAGAACUGAUGAGUGCAUUUACCAAGCAAGGCACAGCUAAUCAAACACCUUUAAUGGAUGGUACUGGAUUAUUAACAUCAAGGGUGCUGCCCAAGACCCGGUCUAAGACCCUUAGGACCGCCGUGCCACCCAAGCACCCUCAACAUGAACCCACGUGUACUGUACAGUACUGUAGGUGUUACCUUUCUCGUGUUUAGGGAAGGCCACGGUCUUCAGGCUGCACUGAUGGCCCUUGAAGGUUCCCAGGAGCUCCCCGGUAACGACGUCCCACAUACGAGCCGUCUGAUCACCCGACGCCGUCACCUGCACACCGACACGACACACACAGUGAAAACGCUCCAGGGUCCACACGAUUCAUCAACACCGAAUCAACGGCUCCUGGUUUCAUUCACCGGGACGCUCGGACUCACCAAGCUGUUCGCUCCAGGAACCCACGAGAUGUCGAACACUGCGUUAUCAUGAGCCAUCCAUUCUGCAGAAGAAACGGAAACACAGUGUUACUGAUGCAAAAGUGUCAUCCUGCAGCAACAGGUCAUGAAGGACACGCGGUUCUACCGCUCUGUCUGCAGAUGUCACCACAAGAUAGAAACUGACAGAAAGCGUGCAGUCUACAUACUGUGUAUUCACACUUGUAUUGCGACAACUCCCGCCUCCGAUCUCGGAUUGGCUAACAGUUUUGCAUUCGGUGCAAUGAUUGGUUUAUAUUCUUCACUCUAACUCUACCAGCGAAUCGUCGCUCCUGUUAUGCAUAUGCCGUAAUACGGGUAGGAAAGUAACAACCCGGUGUAACUCAUCAAUACAGCUAGUUUUUAAAGUCUCGUAAACAAAAUUAAAGAAUUUAUAUUUUUAUUGUGAAUAGAAAUGUCUCUCUCUACAGCGCGGUCGUUCUUAUCGGAGGCUGGAUAUGGAGAACAGGAGCUGGAUGCUAAUUCUGCUCUCAUGGAGCUGGACAAAGGCUUGAGAUCCUGCAAACUGGGAGAACAGUGUGAAGCCGUGGUCCUCUUUCCCAAACUCUUCCAAAAAUAUCCCUUCCCAAUCCUCAUCAACUCCGCCUUCCUCAAACUGGCCGACAUAUUCAGACUUGGGAACAAUUUCCUGCGGCUGUGUGUGCUGAAAGUGACGCAGCAGAGCGAGAAACAUCUGGAGAAGAUCCUAAACGUGGACGAGUUUGUGAAACGAAUCUUUUCUGUCAUCCAUAGCAAUGAUCCUGUUGCCAGAGCCAUCACCCUCAGGAUGCUGGGCAGCCUGGCGUCCAUCAUUCCCGAGAGGAAGAACGCCCAUCACAGCAUCCGCCAGAGCCUGGACUCCCAUGACAACGUUGAGGUGGAGGCUGCCAUCUUCGCAGCGGCCAGUUUCUCAUCCCAGUCCAAGGACUUUGCAGCUGGAAUUUGCAACAAAAUCAGUGAAAUGAUUCAAGGUUUGGCCACCCCGGUGGAGCUGAAGCUGAAGCUGAUCCCGAUGCUUCAGUACAUGCAUCACGACGCAGCUCUGGCCUCUCGGAGCAGGGAGCUGCUGCAGGAGCUGGUGUCCUCGUACCCGUCCACGCCCAUGGUGAUCGUUACCCUGCACACCUUCACCCAGCUGUCCAUCUCUGCCCUCAUGCACAUUCCAAAACAGAUCGAUUUGCUGCUGCAGUAUCUGAAGGACGACGCGAGAAAGGCCGUGAAACGUCUCGCCAUCCAGGACCUGAAGCUGCUCGCCAAGAAAGCUCCUCACAUGUGGACCAGAAAGAACAUCCAGAUUUUGUGCGAGUGUGCCCUCAGUACCCCGUACAAUGGUGUAAAACUGGGCAUGGCGUCGGUCCUCUCGACUCUCUCUGGAACCAUCGCCAUCAAGCAGUACUUUAACCCCCCCACAGGUGAACCUUCUCCGGCUCCUCACCUCACCGACCUUGUCAAGCUGGCGCAGGAAUGCUGUUACCAUAGCGACCUGGCCGUGGCGGCCCACGGCAUCACCGUGCUGGCUAACAUCGCCGUCUCCUGUCCAGAAAAAGAUGUUGUGGAGCUGGAGCAGAACACGAUGAUUGGGAUGGAAUCACUGCUGAUGUUGUGUAGCCAGGAGGACAGCGCUACAGCACACACCACGCUUAAAACGGCGAUGACGUGCACGGUGAGGAUGCUGCGGGCGCGUCCCCACCUCAGUCAGGUGGCCGUGGAGUUUUUGCUGUCCCAGCUGCACCACGCCUGCGACUCGGCCCGCGUGGUCAUCUGUCACGCCCUGGCCGCCAUCGUCGCCCAGCUGCCCGUGUUGGGAGAGAGCAUGCUGGGAGAUCUGCUGGAGCUGUACCGGAACGCCACCCUCAGGAGCUCGGAUCAACAGCAGGAACUACUGGUGUGCUUGGCGACGGUGGUGUUCGUGGCGAGUCAGGCGUCUCUGAGCGCCGAGGCCAAAUCCGUCAUCCAGCAGCAGCUGGAGGCCUCGGCUAACGGCUGGACGGUGUACCGCGUGGCCCGCCAGGCCUCGCGCAUGGGCUGCCACGAGUUCUCCGGUGAGCUGUAUCGGAACCUGCGCACCCGCGUCGCCUCCGAACACUUCUACUUCUGGCUGAACGCGCUGAUGGAGUUCUCACAGGCCGAGUGCUGCAUGAGCGGCCUGACCGACGGAGACUACAGCGCCGCCGUCAGCGCCAUCACCGAGGCCCUCAAGUCCUACCAGAAAGGCUUCACCUCUCUCACGGCUGCCAGCACCCCCCUGAGUCCUCUGACGUUCCAGUGUGACUUCGUGAAGCUGCGCAUCAACAUGCUGCAGGCUCUGGCUCAGCUGGUCUGUACCUGUAACAGCCUGAAGACCAGCCCUCCGCCUGCCAUCGCCGCCAGCAUGGUGCUGUCCUCCGGGAACGAGCUGCAGCGCUGCGGCCGCAUCUCCCAGCAGAUGAAGCGCUGCAUGGAUGAAUUCCGCAGCUUGGCCGGACGUUACUCUGACCUGUACCAGUCCUCCUUUGACGCCGACUCGGCCACGCUCAGAAACGUCGAGCUGCAACAGCAGAGCUGCCUGCUCAUCUCCUACGUGAUUGAAGCUUUAAUACUCGACCCUCAGAGCGCCAGUUUUCAGGACUUCGGGGCGGCGGGUUCGGUUCAGGCCGAGAGCAAGUACGAGCGCGGGAUGCUGGCUGUGUUCAACCUGGUCCUGGAGGAGGUGGAGGCCCUGAGCAGGAAACACCCUCCCGUCUCCUACCUGCACACCAACUGUCUGUGCGAUGCCGUCAUCGCCCUGCUGAAGGUGCCGCUGAGCUUCCAGAGAUAUUUCUUCCAGAAGCUUCAGUCCACCAGCAUCAAGCUGGCCUUGUCUCCGUCCCCUCGAACCCCGAGCGAGCCCAUCCCGGUGCAGAACACCCAGCAGCUCACCCUGAAGGUGGAGGGCGUGAUCCAGCACGGCUCCACGCCCGGUCUCUUCCGCAAGAUCCAGGCCGUGUGCCUGAACGUCAGCUCCGCCCUGCAGUCCAAACCCACCCCCGACUUCAAGGUUCCUCUGGAGUCCAAGUCCAACGAGAUGGAGCAGCGCGUGGAGCCGCACAACGACUACUUCAGCACCCAGUUCCUGCUCAACUUCUCGGUGCUGGGGAGCCACGGCGUGACGGUGGAGGCGAGCGUGGUGGACGAAAGCGGCGUCCAGUGGAAGACCGGACCCAAGAGCACCGUCAGCGUCAAGUCCAUGGAGGAUCCGUACUCGCAGCAGCUCCGCCACCAGCAGGCCGGGGCUCCGUCGGCCCAGCGGAACAUCGCCGCUCGCUUCCAGUGAGCGCGUCGCUACAUACAUUCGGCACGGCUCACAUCUGGGUGGGCGUGGCACUCCGGCUCUCGGGAAGCAGACUCUGACGGACCUGUGAUAUUCUUAUGAAACACCUCGGCACGUUUGUGUGUUUAUUUGAGGUGCGGCGUCUGUCUGAGCGUCUGUUCCUUUAUAAAUAAACAUUUUCUCAUCCGCAAACCCGAAAUCCAAAAAAACAGAGGCAGAAGCAAAACAAUGUAAAUAAAACUGCCUUUUUUUUAUCUGCAAAAGCUUCUUUUUUUAUUCUGAUUCAUUUUAAUUGUAACUUCCUCGACCGCCUGUGUGGGCUUCCAGCCGGUCGAUAGCACAGCCAAGAUUCACAUUGUCUUGCAAAUCUUUUAUAACUGUAAUUAAAAAGUACAGACGCUGGAUGGCACAGCGGUCUGGUCUUACGCGCUGGCACACCACCGUGUUUUUAGCGUUUAGCAUUAGCAUAGGGUUUAGAUUAGUUUAUUCUGUUCAUGGUGUUCAUUGUGUUUUAUUCCUCACGUUCUACGUUUAUCGUUCGCGGCAGUUUAUUCCUGCCGUGUUCUUCAUGUACGCCGAUUUGUUUCCUCGUCCCUAGUUAGUACCUGUCGUGUUUAGUCUUAGUCCCCUCGUUGCUUUGUUUAUUUCUCUAAUAAAUAAUAAUAAUAA